CGCACAAAAAUUUCGGCCUAGUCUCUUCGACAGACUGGGUCAGCGGUCCGACACGGGUCAAUUUUCUUUUUUUUUUUUCACCUCUCGAACGGAGAUGAAAGGUGUUCGAAUCCUUUUACUCGUGGCUCUCGCGAGCUGGAGCUCCGUUAAUGCAGAUUUAGAAUGGUGGCAAACGACGUCAGUGUAUCAAAUUUAUCCGAGAAGUUGGAAAGAUAGCGAUGGUGAUGGAAUAGGCGAUCUACCAGGUAUCGAGAGCAAACUGCAGCAUCUCGUCGACUCUGGUAUUGACACAUUUUGGCUUUCCCCGAUUUACGAGAGUCCCAUGGUGGAUUUUGGAUACGAUAUUUCAAACUUCACGUCGAUCGAUCCAAUAUUCGGGACGAUGGAUGACUUUGACAACCUGGUAGCGACGGCCAAGUCCCUCGGACUAAAAGUGAUCAUGGAUUUAGUACCGAAUCAUUCGUCGGAUGAACACGAAUGGUUUAUCAAAAGUUUGGCGGGCACUGAACCCUAUUCGGAUUACUAUAUAUGGCAUAAUGGUACCGAGUUGGAAAAUGGAACUAUUACUGUUCCCAAUAACUGGAUCAGUUUCUUUGGUGGUUCCGCUUGGACAUGGAGUUCGGCAAGACAGGCUUAUUACCUUCAUCAGUACACCGAAGAGCAGCCUGACCUUAAUUACAGAAACGAAUACGUUGUUCAGGAGAUGAAGGAUAUCAUUGAAUUCUGGCUGGACAGGGGCAUCGAUGGUUUCAGAGUCGACACCAUAAUGACUCUUGUCGAGGACGCAUCAUUCCCGGACGAACCUCUCUCCGGGACAACCGAUGAUUCCACGGAUCACGAUUACUUACUUCACUAUUAUACGGAAGAUCAAAUCGAAACUUAUGAGGUGGUUGCUGAGUGGCGCGAGCUUUUGGAUGACUAUGCUUUCAAGACGGACAAUGUCACGCGGAUCAUGAUGAUGGAAGCUUACUCAAAUUUGACAAUGACCCUGCUUUACUACGAUUAUGGAGCACAUUUUCCAUUCAAUUUCCGAUUCAUUCGAAGUGUUGACAGCUCGUCAACAGCACAGGAGGUCAAAGAAUUAGCCAUUGACGCAUGGCUGGAUAAUCUACCCGAUAAUGCAACGGCGGACUGGGUGUUGGGAAAUCACGACAACAGUCGAGUCGCCAGCAGAUACACUCCGGAACAAGUUGAUGCGUUGAACAUGAUCAAUCUCCUCCUUCCCGGAGUAUCGGUAACCUAUUAUGGUGAGGAAAUCGGUAUGGAGGAUGAAUCGAUAUCCUGGGAGGACACGGUUGAUCCACAGGCUUGUAACCAGGACGAGGACUCGUACGAAUCGAAUUCGCGAGAUCCUGCGAGAACUCCGAUGCAAUGGGAUACGACGACUUCAGCUGGAUUCUCGACCAAUGAGUCGACGUGGCUACCAGUAAACAGCAACUACCUCACUCUGAAUCUCGCCGCUCAAAUCGACGCUGAUGUCUCCCAUUACAAGGUGUUCCAAGACCUGACAACCCUGAGAAAAGAGACAGUCAUACAAGAAGGGACUGUCAACGUCCAGUUGUUGAGCGACAACGUCAUAUGUUUCUCCAGGGAGCUGGAAUCAUCCAGUGAAGAUGCAGUUUUUGUCCUGACCAACUUCGCAAAUAAUACGGAAACGGUUAGCUUAGAUGUUUUCGAGAAUGCUCCUGACAGUCUAGUCGUUUACAUCGCCAGUGUUAACUCAACAUUGACUGCUGGCACUGCAGUCUCCCGCAGCAGCGUUGAAGUCUCUGCCUAUGCAGGGCUUGUUCUUCGUACUAGUACUGAAAGUAGUGCCAACGUCCUCAUCUCCACUGCAACACUCACGCUCUGCAUGGCAUUCCUGGUAUCUCUCCAGUUUUGAUGAAUUUAUAACUUCUAAGACUAAAUUAUUAUUCCUCACAGUACUCAGAACAGGAAAAUUUUAAUAAAUCGAUUUGUCAAAUUGUAAAA